UGUCUGUCGUUGGAUAUAGUUUACGAUUGACAACGAUAGUUUCUAACGGUUGCGUCAAAACCCUAAUUAGGGUUUAUCUACGUCAAAGUCUAACGAAGAGUAGAGUGUCAUCGAUUUGAAUAACUCGGAAUCGAGAUCUGUACCCAAUAAAUUUGGAAUAUUUUUCAUUUAAUAGAGAUGUCAGCAGUUGAACAAGAAGACAACUCAAAUCAAAACCGAAGAAUAACUUGGGAAGGUUGCAGCGUUUUGCUUGAUAUCAACGAUGGUGAUCGCCUCGUUUUCUCUCGUCUCACUGCUGGAUCGAUUGUGAAAAUUGGGAAUAAGAAUUACCCUCUUCGGCCAUUGAUUGGGUGUCCAUUUGGUUCUUUAUUUCAAGUAGAGAAUGGAGCAAAUGGUCCUUCAUUGGCUCGUAUUAUUUCAACUGCAGCAGAUAAUAAUGCUGAAGACAAGAAAGAAUGUGACAUAAAAGAAGAGUCAAGAGACAAUCGUGCAUUGAUCGAUAAUAAUACAGCCCAAACACUUACUGGUGAAGAUAUAGAAGGAAUGCGAAGACAGGGUGCAAGUGGGAAUGCUAUAGUUGAAGCUCUUAUUGCCAACAGUGCAACAUUUGAGAAUAAAACGUCUUUUUCACAAGAAAAAUACAGGCUUAAGAAACAAAAAAAGUAUGCUCCUAAAGUACUCUUGAGACGCCCCUUUGCACGAAGUAUAUGUGACACUUACUUCAAAAAGUAUCCAGCAAGAAUCGGGUUCUUGAGAGUUGACACAUUAUCUCUUCUUCUCUCAUUUGCUAAUGUUUCUGCACACUCUGAUGUUCUUGUUGUGGAUAUGAUUGGUGGUUUAAUUACUGGUGCUGUUGCAGAGCGUUUAGGAGGUACUGGUUAUGUGUGCAAUACUUAUCGUGGAGAUUCUCCAUAUUCCAUUGAGAUUGUCAGAAUAUUCAACUUUAAUGAUGAAAUUAACAAAAGGAUUGUGAGGUUGUCUCUUGAUGAACUUUCUAAUAAUGGAGAUUGGAAGGAAGAUGAGAUGAUGCUUCAAUCUGCAAAUGAUAGUAAUGUUGAUAAUCCAUCAUCCAAUCAGUCUGAUGUUGUGUUGGAAUCUUUAAGUUUGGAGGUGGGUAGCAUGGAAGAGUCAGUUGCCUCAAAAGUAUAUAAAGCUGUAAAACCUGGAGAAAAAGCUCCUCAAGAUGCUAUCAAAUCAUGGAAAGAAAAUGGAUUUUCAAGCUUAAUAAUAGCUGCUCCAGAUGUGGAUGCUUGGAGUAUUGUGAAGGAGGUUUUACCAUUUUUAUCUUUUUCAGCUCCUUUUGUCAUUUACCAUCAGUAUCUUCAGCCAUUGGCAACAUGCAUGCAUAAUCUUCAGGUUGAGAAAAUGGCAAUUGGCUUACAGAUUACAGAACCUUGGCUACGUGAAUAUCAGGUUCUUCCUUCAAGAACUCAUCCACACAUGCAAAUGAGUGCUUGUGGUGGAUACAUAUUAAGUGGCACUAAAAUAUGCAAUGAAAAGUCAACAACAACAACCCAAUAAGUCAACACCUUACUCUUCCAUAAGUUGAUUUUUCUUUUGUAAAACUUUUAUUUUUUUGUCAUGAUGAAAGUCCCAAUUUUGAAUGUUAUAGUAUAAAGUGGGCAUUCAUUCAUUCUCUCAUAAACUUGGAUAUUAGUAGAUUUCUUUGUAGGUUUUUAUUAUCUGUUUCUGUUAAAGAUUUUGGUCACUUUGAGGUGGA